CUUCGUCGCAUCUACAAGUUCACAACGAAGAAAAACUUCUCAUCAACAGACUCAAGAAGCUCGCCGUCGAAUGACUUGAUUUAUUCUGAACUAAAAACGUACCGACAACGCAUAAAUUACUGUCAACUAUGGCGACAGCAACGAAAGAACUGAAUUUGGUUGUCAUGAACGCAAACGGGCCGGGAAGCGCAGAGAACAGGCGGAAAGGUAUCGCGAAACUGCUAGACGAAGAAGAACCUCUGUUAGUUUUCAUGCAAGAGUUUAACUGGAAGAACCUUCACCAAAGACAGUGGAAGAGUCUUGAAGUGCCGGAUUAUUAUCAAUACGUCGGGCACGCGGAGGCCGGUUUUGUGUACGACACAAGGGAGAUAACUCUCACACGAUACGACAACAACACAGACGUUAUUCGUAUGCACGAACGGAUGCGGAAAAAGGGUGACUUUACGGAAUACGCCGAACUCUCCCGAAUGUGCAUCUGUGUGAUGACGAGUAAAGGAGCCCCGAGUUUUAAACUGCUCGUCAUCUUCUGGCACGGACCUCACAACGGCUUCAAAACCUCCACGAAGGAAGAGGUGGUCAGGUCGUUUUGUGAGCUCGUCGUUUUACUCAAGGACGAAUAUCAACUCCCGGUGAUUGUGGGUGGAGACUUCAACUUGAAGGCGACCUCUGUGGAGAAGUGUCUGCACGAAGAUCUCCACGUGAUCAAACUGUCAAAGUUCACCAUUGACAUGUUACUGGUUGAUAAGGACGACUCGCACAUCACGGACGAGGAUCAGCUCGAAAAAGUUAAGUGGAACACUGACAAAGAAAAGGUGGCCUUCGACCAUGUUCCAUUGAAGAUAGCGUUUCAUCCUUUAGUCUCUCAUAGGACGAAUAUUGGUCCAGCAGUCGUUACAGACGAAAAUCAGCUCGAAAAAGUUAAGUGGAACACUGACAAAGAGAAGCUGGCCUUCGACCAAGUUCCAUUGAAGAUUGAAGGUUGAAGUGGA